AGUGGGAGGAAUAGUGCCCCAUCAUUGGUAUCAGUGGGAAGGAAUAGUUGCCCCAUCAUUGGUAUCAGUGGGGGGAAUAGGUGCCCCAUUAUUGGUAUCAGUGGCAGGAAUGGUGCCCCAUCAUUGGUAUCAGUGGCAGGAAUAGUGCCACCAUCAUUGGUAUCAGUGGCAGGAAUAGUGCCCCAGCUCAUGGUGUCAGUGGGGAGGAAUAGUGCCCCAUCAUUGGUGUCAGUGGAGGAGGAAUGGAUUGUCCCAUCAUUGGUGUCAGUGGCAGGAAUAGUGCCCCAUCAUUGGUGUCCAGUGGGAGGAAUAGUGCCCCAUCAUUGGUGUCAGUGGGGGGAAAUGGUGUCCCAUCAUUGGUGUCAGUGGGAGGAAAUGUGCCCCAUCAUUGGUGUCAGUGGGGGGUGGAAUAGUGCCCCAUCGUUGGUGUCAGUGGGGGGGGGGAAUAGUGCCCCAUCAUUGGUGUCAGUGGGAGGAAUA